CUGCAAAAUGAAUCCCAAUCCCUACAAAAUAAGCCGAUAUUCGGUAAUACCAAAUAGUGAUAAAUUCGGUACGAUAUUCGAUAUAUCCUAAAUACCGGUACCAAACUUCCAGUCCUAGUCAUAAGUGAUUUAAGAUUAUAUUGUUUCGAUUGAAACAUUGUAUCAUGACAAUUUCUAUUUUUUUGUUUAACACAUUACAUCAUAUUUACAAAAAUAAAACUUAAUAUAAUAGAAUUGAAUACCAUGUGUGGCGCCCGCACUUUCAACCUAGUUACAAAUGAAUCAUCUGAAAAAUAUUAGGGACGAAAAGGAGCUAAUACUGAACUACGAGUCUAGCUUGGAGCAUGUCAUUGUCCUAUUGAACAAUCUCUCUGUAAGUUGUGUCACGAUGAGGUCGAUUAGAUGUUGAUGACAUCGACUCGCUAUUUCAAGUGGAUGUUGUGCUUUAAAAUUAAGGUGGGCGAAAAAUUGGAUGUUAAUAAGUAAUCAAGCAUUGAUGGCCACGGGAGUUCUUGGAAAUUUCAGCCUUAGGCUUUGUGGUACUUCAUUCGAGAAUGGAAAUUCUCUUCUGGUAGAUUUGGUUACAUAUAGGAAACUUCCUUCUAUUUCAUCAUCUUUGUCUCUCAAUCAUUUCAAAUAACCAAUUAUUAAAGACUCAAAUGAGAACACCAACAUCUUAUGUUACUUCUUGUCAAGAAAUUUUUGCCCAACACCAUUAAGUGUCGAAAAGAAGCAAAUGAGAUACUACUACUGUCCUGGUUUUUACUCAGACAUUGGCAAGAAUGCCAGAGAUCUUCUGUACAAAGACUAUGCUCGUCAGCCGCCCAACUACUUCAAGUUUCAGUCGAUUAAGUGGAACUUUGAUCUCUCCUGUGAAACUCAAGAAAUCCUGCCAGGCCUCACAACACUCUUCAGAUUUACCAUUCCUGAUUCCAGCAAGGUGGAACUAAGGUUCAUAGAUGACUAUGUUGGUCUAACUGCAGGAGCUGGGGUGAAGGCAUCUAAACAAGGUCCUUUUGCAGGACAAUCAUACAACCCCAUCCUCAGCUUCUCUGGCCUUCUUGGAGCCAAUCUUUUCUCCAUUGGAGCCGCGCUAUCCUUUGACGUGUCGAACAAAUCGUUGGACGACUUCAGUGCUGGUCUCUGCUUCAAUGGAACCACAUCCCCCAUAACAUCACUGAACUUGGAUGAUAAACUUGACACGUUAAGAGCCUCCUUCUACCAUUCCUUCAGCGACAUAACCAGGACAGCCGUUGCUGCAGAGCUAAAGCACUCUUUCUCGGGAGAUGGAGCUAGUACCUUGACGGUUGGCAUACAGCAUGAUCUGUUUGAGUUGGUGUUCUUGAAGGCUCGCGUGGACACGGAUGCCAAGUUGGGAGCGUUCAUACAGCUGGGUCUGUGGGAGAAGCUGAUGUUUGCCGCUUCAACAGAGCUUGAGCUCAGAGCCAGUGACCACAACUGCAGACUCUCCAAGGUCGGCCUAGCAUUGUCCUUCUUGCCCUAGAACAGAGGGAUCAUUUUGGGUUCCAGUAUCAUCUCUGCAUAAUUAGUAAGGAAGGCAAUCCAAAUCACUAGUUUCUUCAUUUUACAUAGUACGUUUGUCUCCGAUUGGUCCUGUUUUUUAUCCUGCGAACAGUACUUCAAUUUCGAGAAAUUAUGAACAAGUAUGAUAUUAUCUAAUUGAUGAUUUGAUCAACCGAAAGCAGCAAACGACCACAUUGAAUAAAAUGGAGCUGAACGG